UCUCAUUUAAAGGUUGCUGAAGCUCCUAGUAGCCUUCUUAUUUGGGGCAAUUAACUUGUCUCAUAUAGCUAUCCAACAAAUAGAUCUCGCCUUUCAUAUCUUUUUAGUCAUUCUUCGUGGAGACAGCAAGAGAACUGCAACUACAAACUGGAGAGCAGGGAGAACCGAAAUUGAAUGAAGAAGACUGUUGUGGAUAUGGACAAUCCUGAUCUUCCCUAUCAAAGGACCAGAAGUUACAAAUGGUGGAUACGGGUCGCUGCCUACAUCCUCUUCCUCCUCUCUGGCCAAUCCGCGGCGACCCUUUUAGGCAGACUGUAUUAUGACAAAGGCGGUAAUAGCAAAUGGAUGGCCACUUUUGUUCAAUCUGCUGGCUUCCCGAUCCUCAUACCUCUUCUAAUUUUCUUCUCACCAAUGUUCUCCAAUUCAACCAAGUCUACAAGAACUCAAUCUCCAAGCAAACCAAAGCUCUCUUCCUUAGCUUUCCUCUACCUCGCCUUUGGCCUGCUCUUGACUGGUGACAACAUGAUGUACUCAUACGGUCUGCUCUAUCUUCCCGUUUCCACUUACUCUCUCCUGUGUGCAACUCAAUUGGCCUUCAAUGCACUCUUUUCCUUCUUCCUUAACUCCCAAAAGUUCACCCCAUUCAUUCUCAAUUCCAUCGUUCUGCUCACCGUGUCAGCCUCGCUCCUCGCGGUCCACUCGGACUCGGACACCACAAAGAUCUCAAGAGCGAAGUAUGUGAUCGGAUUCCUGUGUACCCUGGGAGCGUCUGCGACAUAUUCGUUGUAUCUUUCAUUAGUUCAGCUUUCCUUCGAGAAAGUGAUCAAGAGAGAAACGUUUUCUGCUGUGCUGGAUAUGCAAAUAUACCCGUCUUUUGUGGCGACUUGCGCUUGCGUUGUUGGGCUUUUUGCGAGCGGAGAGUGGAGGAAACUAGGCGAGGAGAUGAAGGCAUACGAGGAGGGAAGAGUGUCAUACUUGAUGACAUUAAUUUGGACAGCGCUGACAUGGCAGAUCUCCUCGAUCGGUAUGCUCGGGCUGAUUUUUGAGGUAUCGUCGCUGUUUUCCAAUGUCAUCAGUACCUUGGCAUUGCCGGUUGUUCCGAUUCUUGCAGUGCUAUUCUUCCAUGACAAGAUGGAUGGGAUUAAGGUGAUGGCUAUGAUUUUGGCAAUCUGGGGAUUCAUUUCUUACGUCUAUCAGCAUUACUUGGAUGAUGCUAAAUCCAGAAAAGAUGAAACCAAUGUCACUGAGGUUUCCGGGGGUACCACAGAGAUGUGUUGAUGGUCCGAUACAAGAAAAAGCCGCGACGUACCCAGCAAGAUUGCUUCAUUCGGCAGGAGCAUAAUUUAUCCGCAUGAGGUGGGACGAUCCAAUACGAGAACAAAAAUUGGCGUGAAGGGCAAUUAGCUGGUAGCAUUUCGGUGACGAAAACUUCCUGUAUUCAUAAUGUUUAAAUUUGUUGCAAAAGUCUUUUGCUGUAUAGCCUUCAUUUCCUAGAGCCCGUUUAAUUCUCUGUAGAGAAAGGCGGUUGGUGAGAAGAGAACAAGCAGGAAGUAGUCAAAGGUUGUCAAUGAUUCAAUCACCUGCAUUAGAAUUUGUUCUGGCGUGUGGGUUUGCUGUGAUUGCUCUGAGUUGAAAGUAACACAAUUCAAGCGAUUACCUAUCAA